AUGGAAACUUUAAAUAAUAAUAAACAAACCCAUCAAGUCCUUAGUCUAACCCACCUUCAAAAUCUCAAGAAGGCAAAAGAAUUUUAUGAUAAUUCUCAAUCUAUCACAGCUCUUGAUUUUGAUAGCUCUGGCGAAUUUUGUGUUACCGCUUCAACCGACGAAACUAUUAAUUUAUAUAAUUGUCAAACUGGAAGGGUAGUCGCUUUAGAAAUGUCUCCCGUAGAUGAUCAAUUUUUGACCGGGAGUAUCGAUGAGGGUGUUCGGUUAUGGGAUUUAAGACAACCUAACGCCAUUGAUUUUAUAGAUAUUCAAUCCGGCAGACCUUGUUUAGGAUAUGAUCCUUCUGGUCUUGUGUUUGCAAUUGGUAAACGUAGCAAUAAAACUGUUCAGUUAUAUGAUAGCCGAAAAUUUGGUCAGUCUCCUUUCGAUACUUUUCAAAUCGAUGAUAAUUAUUUAAAUUCAAAUAUCUUGCCAAAUUCUCCUCCUGAAUGGACUGGAUUAAAGUUUAGUAAUGACGGCCAAAAAAUAUUAUUAACUACAUCUGGCGAUGUUCAUUAUUUAGUCGAUGCUUUCAAUGGUCAAUUAAAACAACGAUUAAUUGGUCAUAUAGGCCUAGAUAAUGCCUCGGCAUGCUUGGGAGGUGAAGAGACAAGUUUUACUCCUGAUGGUCAAUAUGUAAUAUCUGGUACUGUAUUUUGGUUACCUUCAGUCGACCCUAACGACAUAAUUAAAGAAUCAGAAGAUAAUAAACCUUGUUUAUCUUCAGGUGAUAUAGUAAAGGAUACAUCUAGUAUCCAAAUGCAGGUAACGGCUAGCACCAGUUCUUCUGUUGAUAAUAGAUUGUUGGGGCCUGUACAUUAUCACCUUUAUUAG